AGCCCAAGAUCGCGCAUGCGCAGAGCGGCGAGAGCGUGGCGCCCCGGAGGCGGGGUUCCGUCGCGUGGGCGGGGCGGGAAAGCCUGCAGGCCCGCCUCCCGCCCCGCCCCCGGCGCACCGCGCGCGCGGGGGACUGGUGGGACUGGCCCCAGGGUCGCACCCCGCCGCCUCAAACCUGCCCGGGAAGAGCGGCUGGCGUCCCGGGCGCGGCGGCCCACCCCAGCCUCAGGUAACCGCGCCUCCCAACCACUCACCGCCCUGCCACCGCCUAUAUGUGGCCCGCCACGGUCGCCCAGCAAUGGAGCGAGCCUGCCGUCCUCCGUGAUGGAGCUGGCGGAGCGGUUCCUGCUCGACGCGCUCGCCUACUUUGAGUGCGCCUUUGGCUUCGUGGCCUUCGUGCUGCUCACGCUGGUGGGCUCGCCCUAUGGGCGCUACGCGUCCCAGCGCUCGGCCUGGCGGCUGGCGGCGCCUACCGCCUGGUUGGUGCAGGAGCUGCCCUCGUUGGUCGUGCCGCUCUUCGUGUGCUUCUGCACGGCUGCCGAGCGCCUCCGCCACUGGCCCAACCGCGUCCUCCUGGCCAUGUUCCUCGUCCACUACAUACAACGGUCCUUGAUUUUCCCAUUUCUGAUCCGAGGAGGGAAGCCUACACCAUUGUACUCAUGUGUAAUUGCAUUCAUAUUCUGUACCUAUAAUGGCUACUUACAAAGCAGAUACUUAAGCGAAUAUGCAGUGUAUGCUGUUGACUGGGUCACUGACCCCCGAUUCCUAACAGGUUUUGUCUUGUGGCUGGUAGGCAUGCUGAUAAACAUUCACUCCGAUCACAUCCUGAGGAAUCUCAGGCAGCCAGGGGAGACUGGAUACAAAAUUCCAAGGGGAGGCUUAUUUGAAUACGUAAGUGCAGCCAACUACUUUGGAGAAGUGGUUGAAUGGUGUGGCUAUGGCCUGGCCACCUGGUCUGUUCAAGGCGGGGCUUUCGCUCUGUUUACAUUUUGUGUUUUAUUCACGAGAGCACAACAGCAUCAUCAGUGGUACCUUGAGAAAUUUGAAGAUUAUCCAAAAUCCAGGAAAACUCUAAUUCCAUUUUUGAUUUAAGUCCAUUAUCAGUGGAAUUAUCUUCAACUUGAUGCUUUUUUUAUAAUGUUUCUCUAGGGAUUAUAUAAAUGAAUUAUUUCUUUGUCAUUUUCCUGCUACUUCAUCUUUUCCAAGAUUUACCCUAGGAAUUGUUUUCCUAGUAAAUUUGUAAGCUACCUAAUAACUUACCAGUCAAACUGAAAUGCAGGUUGAAGUAUUCAACUGCAUACCAGGGUAGGACUCCGGACCUCUGGGUAAUGACUGCUGACCAUUUCUCUGAUUUUGGACUUUUGGUUACGUCCAGCUGAAUGUGCACAAGACCAGAAUGUACACACCAUCUUUGAAGACCUUUAUGGACCAAAACCUUCCAUUAGCCCUUGUACAAUCCCAUAGAACAGUUCUGACAAGAUCAAAGGCAAUGUUGUCCCUUCUCCCAUAGAGGCAUGGUCUGUCUUCUGGGUCCCUCUCAUCCCACUGGGUACCCACAGUAUAGUCAGGGACUCAGGGAAAUGCACGGCCUCUACCUGCUGGGUGCUGUGCAGGCAGAGAAUUUGGGAAUGGAGAAAGGAGAUGUCUGAGGCCCAGCUGAGGCCUGGACAAAAGGCCUCUGCCACUGUUCCAGCCUGGCCCACCAGGUGACUGCGCUGGCAGGGCAGGAUGCCAAGAUAUUUAUAAGGAGCAAGGACUUUGUGGAGGUGUGAGGGUGGGAGUAGGCAGGUGCAGCAGGGCAGUCGCCACCUCCUGCACAUUCCCGUCUCGGGUCACUCGCCGUAAACCAUCAUUAUUCCCUGGUCUGAGAUGUUUUUUCUAAGUUCCAGAUAGAUCUAGAAAUUCUUUUAUUAUUUUUUUUUUGAGAGGGAGAUAGAAAAACAUUGAUGGAAGAGAAACUGAUCAGCUGCCUCCUACACGUACCCUGACCUGGUAUCAAGCCCACAACCAGGGCAUGUGCCCCAAUGGAAUCAAACCAGUGAUCUUUUGAUGCAUGGAGCCACAUUCAACCAACUGAGCCACACUGGCCAGGGCUAGAACUAGAAAUUUUGAAGACACUUUUUUUAAAGUACCUCUCAACAUUGCAAAAUGAUAUCUUGAAGCAGAAUUUCUUGUUUAAGAUGCAUUUGAAGGUUCACUAAUAUAAAUGGAAGUUAAAAAAAAAAAAAAAAAAAAAAGAU